AUGUCUGCACCACCAUUUGCUUCUCUCGGACCGCCCCCACUGCCAACAGGCUGGACUCAGCAUGCAGGCCCCAGUGGUCAAGCAUACUACUACAAUGCACACACAAAGGAAUCGACUUAUACUCGCCCGCUUCCUUCAAUACCAAACGUUAUGGCGGCAGCUACCACAAACAAGGAGAAACCUUCAGUCAAGACGCCCAUUCCAGGGACCGAAUGGAUGCGAGUGAAAACGACGGGGGGCAAUACUUUCUACUUUCACAAGACGAAGAAGACGAGUCUCUGGACAGUACCCGGGGAAAUCAAAGAUGCCCUGGAACAAUUCGAACAAGAUGAAACAAAGGCCGUUGAGGAAAAAAAAUUAAAGGCCAUAUGGGAGGAAGAGGAAGCAGUUAAACGGGCGGACGAAGAGAGAGCCAGAGAAGUCGAAAGAGUCAAGGCUGAGGUCCAAAACAUGGUGAAACGGAAGGCCCAAUGCGAUAUUCCUGUUGAUGAGAUCGUUGUAUCCAAGAAGCCUAAAUUGGACCAAAAGGGUGAAGAGGAUAGCGAUGAGAGUGACGAGGAAGAGGAUUGGCAGCGAGAGGCAGCUGACCAACUGGCGGCCGAAGCUGAAGCCGAGAAGGAACGUCAGGAAGAAGAGGCAUUGAAAGAGAAAGAACCCGCCGAGCAGGAGGCAAAAACGCUUCAAGAAAAGCAAUUCAAAAUACCGGAUAGAGUGGAUCUGUCUAUAGAAGAAGCAAAGGCUUUGUUUAAAACUCUCCUCCGAGAAAAAGACAUAAAUCCUUUAUAUCCUUGGGACACCUCGCUUCCUUUAUUUGUGUCAGAUCCACGUUAUGUUCUCCUUCCUUCGGUUUCUACCCGACGUGACGCGUUCGAUGAAUAUUGUCGGGAGCGCGUCCGUGACCUUCGGCAGCAAAACGUGAAGAAAGAGAAGGAGGCCAGUAACCCUAAAGACGAGUUUGAUCGUCUGUUAGCCGCCGAGGUGAAAAGUACAAGAACAUCGUGGGGAGAUUUCCGGCGAUCAUGGAAAAAGGACAGGCAAUUCUACAGCUGGGGUCGAGAUGACCGGGAGCGGGAGAAGAGAUUCAAAGAACAUCUCAAGGAGCUAGGUGAAAAAAAAAGGGCUGCCUCUCAGAAAGCCGAAUUCGAUUUCUUUGCUUUGCUCAGAGAGGCUCAGUUACCGCAGGAUGCUAUUUGGAAGGAUGUAAAACGUUCGCUGACGCGUGACCCUCGCUAUGAUGCUGUGGGGUCCUCUUCAUUACGAGAACAAUUGUUCAAUACAUUCCAGAGGGUACAAGAAAAGGGCAAGGGCGAGACGGCCGUCACGAUGGAAACGUCUUUAGAUCAUGGCAAAAUGGACGUUGACAUCGAUGAGAGUGAGCGUCGACGACUACGCAAAGAGAGAGCUGUCAAAGAACGAGAAGAGAAGAUACGGAUUGAGCGCGGAAUCGUAGAAGCAAAUAUAGGAAGAUCUCGAAACGAGCUAAACAAAGAAGAGGGGGAAAGAGACUUCAAGACCCUGCUUACAGACGCGAUUCGAGAACCACAGAUAACAUGGGAAGGUGCUCUUCUGCAGCUGCAAACUGAUCCCAGAUUUCGGAAUUCCCCCCUUCCCGUUGACCAAAUGUUGCACCUCUUUCAUACCCAUAUAGGUCACCUCCGCGAGAAACACGUCAAAAGUCUUCACGCUCUUUUUGAGUCAUAUGCUCCCAGUCCUGCGACUGACUUUAAGUCACUUCCGAUAUCGUCGCUAGUCUCUUCUCUUCCGGUCAAUAAGCUUGGCUAUACAACUAACCUUUUGGAGCAUGAGUUUGAAAAAUGGCAACGUGAACGAACCUUUGAAUCCCGACAGGCGUUUGAUGAUAUGCUUUCCGAGAAUUCCUUUGUGGAGUUCUGGGGUAGGUUAGGGAAGAUCGGUGGGGAAGGCAUAGAUGGCGGUGUGAAAGCAGACGACAUGGGUGAAGACGAAGGAGAAGGUGGAGGCGGUAAGGUUGACAUGAAAGCGCUUGCCAAGAACGUUGACGUUCGGGAUAUGGAAAAAGUGUUGAAGAAUGAUAAAAGGUACAUAAUGUUUGAUCAUAUUCCAGAACAACGGGAACGAUGGAUUAGAGAUGCCACUGACAUUCACAAAGAGACCUACGACUACCAGAGUGAUGUAGCGCGAAUGCGAAAGAUCGUGAUUAAUAGCCUUUAUUCGCACAAGGAAGUUUUCCUUCGAGAACUCAUAUCCAAUGCCAAUGACGCGCUUGAAAAGCUUCGCCUGGUAUCCCUCACCGACAAAACCGUCUGGGAUGGAGGUGACCCGCUCAACAUUACAAUAAAGGCCGAAAAGAGCGAAGACGGUAGCGAGGGAAUCCUCAUAAUCACUGACACUGGAAUCGGAAUGUCACCUGAAGAAUUGAAAAAAAACCUGGGAAUACUAGCAAAAUCGGGCACGUCAGAGUUUCUGGCUAGGGCCGAAAGUCAAGACGGUUCCAAUACUGGUAAUCUUAUCGGCGCAUUUGGUCUUGGUUUUUACAGUAGCUUCCUGGUUGCGGAUCACGUUUACGUAGCUUCACUCCCUCCUCCUAGUGCAGAAAACCCCCACCCUGUCCAGCACGUUUUCAGCUCGUCGGCGGAGGAGGGUUCUUUCAACAUCUACCCAGACCCUCGCGGAAAUACUCUUGGAAGAGGGACAGAGAUCACGUUGCACCUAAAGACCGAAGCUAUUGAGUAUCUCGAAACAUCUGCGAUCAUCGAUUUGGUCAACAAACAUUCCUCGUUCUCUUCAUCGUUCCCAAUAUAUCUGUUCACUCAACACUUCGAGGAGGUCCCUGACGAGGAAGCUGAAGGAACGGUCGUUCCUCCCUCAGAAUCAGAGGUCCCCGAGGAGCUCAAAGACGAAGACGAAGGCAUCGUCGAGGACGUUACCGAGGAGGCGGAAAAAGUCGACGCUUCCCCUCCCUCAACGAAAUCAGUACUGGUUGAUGAAUGGGUCCAGCUAAAUGCGCAAGCCCCCUUGUGGACACGGGAUCCAAAGACAAUAUCUGAUGAGGAGUAUAAGAUGUUCUAUAGAGCCACCUUCAAAGACAAUGAGGAUCCGCUGGUCUGGCAUCACUUCUCUGGUGACUCGGGCUCAGGCGUGUCAUUCAAGGCCAUUAUUUUCCUGCCCAACAAACUGGACGAUGAUUACUGGCAACAACCCUUAGCUUCGAAGUCGAAAGAUGUCAGGUUGAUGGUCAAGCGUGUCUUCAUCACUAAUGAUCUCGGUGAUGAUGCCUUGCCCAAAUGGGCCAGCUGGGUUAAAGUCGUGGUCGACGCGGAGGAUCUUCCUCUGAAUGUUUCCCGGGAAACACUUCAAUCAACUCUAUUCCUCAGGCAGCUCAAACAAAUCAUUCUCAAGCGUAUCAUUCAGCUGUUUACGCGGUUAUCGGAGGGGGAGGAUGAAAAGCUCCAGGAAAUGCAUAAGACCUAUGGUUCGAUUCUCAAGCUCGGCGCCGUCGAGGACCUAAAGAACCGGGACAAGUUGACUGCCUUGACACGCUUUGCUACGAACCAACGGGAGUCGGCCUCCCUCGAUCAGGCACGUUUUUCUUGGAGCUCGUACUUGGAAAACAAGAAGCAGGGCCAAAAACAGAUCUUCUUCCUGGCAGAAAUGGGCAAAGAGACCAAGGACCUUGCAAAGAGUGUCUUCGUUGAGAAACUGGAUGCACGAGGUUACGAGGUUCUUCUCUUGAAUGAGCCAUUGGACGAAAUAUUGGUACAAAACAUUCGCCGUUGGAAAAAUAUUCCGUUCCAAGACGUUGCCAAAGUGGGCCUCAAGUUCGGAGAUGAAGAUCUGGACAUCGAAGAAGGGAAGGAAAAUCAAGAGGCUCUGGCCGAGAAAUUCCGACCUCUAUUGGACUACCUCAAGAAAGAAGCAGAGGAUGUCGUCAGAGAUGUUACAUUGUCAGACCGUCUAGUGUCCAGUCCCUGUGCGAUUGUUGCGGAUAGUCAUGGUUACACCGCUAAUGUCCAACGGAUGAUGAGUGCAUCACACAAAGGAAACAAAGGACCUAAUGACUUCAUGCAUGAAUUUGCUAUGAAGGCUAAGUUGCUAGAGGUUAACCCUCGUUCACCCUUGAUUGAGGGUUUACUUCGUAAAGUUGAGGCUCUCCCUUCCGAGGACGAGCAAGAAAGGGACCUUGAAGCGGAGGAGGAGCUGAAGGAGGUCACGUCUAUUCUCAUCGAUGGCGCCCUGAUUCGCUCUGGCUUUGAAGUCCCCGAUACUAACGAUUUCUUCUCCCGAGUGGAUCGCGUACUGAGACGAUCUCUCGGCGUGUCUGAAACGGCGCCUACUGAUACUACAGUGAAACCCGCACCUCCCGUUGACCCCGAGCUGCCAGAACCUGAGGAGUUCUCCAACAAGCCCGGUAUCGUUCUUCCCGAUCAUAUGAAAGAUCAAGUCUCGAUCGAAAUGGAGGAGAUUGACGAGUUUGGCAAUGUGAUAGUGAAUCAUGACGAGCUUUAGGCUAACCUAAUGGACUAUUUGCUGAUUCUGUACAUAUACUUUAAUGUUGGUGCUCGUAAAGCUGUGACUCAAAUCAACUCCCCACGAGUGCAGAACCAGCUUAGCUUGAUCCGCGACAGCCAUUAUCCGUAAUGAAGCUUUGCCUCUGUUCAGAACCAUCUCGAUAGACAGUCGUGGAGCUUAUAGAUGAGCAAUGAGGAAUCUCUACUGUAAUCUGUGGGAAAUAU